GUUAUUGGGAAAUGGAGCAAUUCUUUGAUUCAUUGUUUUAGCGGGAACUUGAUCUUCAAUCAAGAUUUCCUGAAAAUUUGCUCCGAUCUUCUUGUCAUCCAAAUCGAUUAGAGCUUCUCUGAACGAGACGUUUUCUCAGUUUUCUUGGUGUCCAAACAUGAACAGAAUAUAGUUUUGAGCUUCACGAGCUACAAUUUCAAUAAGGAUGGACAAGGCAGAUUCUGGACAGAAGCUAUACACGCGAAUGCGACUCUGGGAGUUCCCAGAUCAGUAUGUCAUUGAGCCCACGGAUGGGUCUUCUGGUUCUUCGUUGACAGUGAGUCGAGUGGAUGGCUCGAUGAAGCUUAUUGAUGCGAUUCCAGAAUGCAACAAGCUUCGAGUUCCGAAGAUUUGGACAGUUUUCGGUGUGGUUGGGAUGAUAAGGCUCUUGGCUGGAUCAUACUUGCUGGUUAUAACUGAUCGUGAAUGUGUUGGAUCUUAUUUGGGUCAUCCAAUUUACAAAGUUUCAUCUAUGAAGGUUUUUCCAUGUGAUCAUUCUCUCAAUAAUACCACUGCUGAACAGAAAAAGACCGAGUUGGAGUUUUCCAAGCUGCUAAACAUUGCAGAGAAAACGUCUGGUCUGUUCUUCUCAUAUGAAACCAACUUAACACUGAGUGCCCAGCGAUUGAAUGACCUUGGUGAUGAAUCCAGAUUGCUUCCUCUUUGGCGACAGGCUGAGCCACGAUUUCUAUGGAACAAUUAUUUGCUGGAAGUACUCAUAGAUAACAAGCUCGAUCCAUUCUUACUCCCUGUGAUACAAGGAAGUUUUCAUUACUUUCAAGCAGCAAUUGGAAAGGAUAUUAUUGAUGUCACUUUGAUUGCCAGGAGAUGCACGAGAAGAAAUGGAACUCGGAUGUGGAGAAGAGGUGCUGACCCUGAUGGCUAUGUUGCUAAUUUUGUGGAAACUGAGCAAAUUAUGCAGUUCAAUGGGUAUACAGCAUCAUUUGUUCAGGUCCGUGGUUCAAUCCCAUUGCUCUGGGAUCAAAUUGUUGACCUGACGUAUAAGCCUAAGUUUGAGUUAGUGAGACUUGAGGAAGCUCCUCGAGUCAUGGAACGACACUUCCUGGAUUUAAGGAAAAAAUAUGGGGCUGUCUUGGCUGUUGAUCUUAUCAACAAGCAUGGUGGAGAGGGUCGGCUGCAUGAAAAAUUUGGAAGUACAAUGCAGCAUUUGUCUAGUGAUGAUGUAAGAUAUCUGCACUUUGAUUUUCACCAUAUCUGCGGGCAUGUUCAUUUCGAACGCCUCUCUGUCCUUCUCGACCAAAUUUCUGAUUUUCUCGAGAGAAAUGGAUAUCUUCUAUUAAAUGAAAAGGGAGAGAAAAUGAAGGACCAGCUUGGAGUUGUCCGAACAAAUUGUAUUGAUUGUCUGGAUCGUACAAAUGUAACUCAGAGCAUGAUUGGCCGAAAUAUGCUGGAAUUCCAGCUUAGAAGGCUUGGGGUAUUCGAGGCUGAAGAGACCAUCAGUUCUCAUCCAAAUCUAGAUGAAAACUUCAAGAUCAUGUGGGCUAAUCAUGGGGAUGAUAUAAGCACCCAAUAUUCAGGCACGCCUGCUCUAAAAGGGGACUUUGUCAGAUAUGGGCACCGUACAAUGCAAGGAAUACUAAAAGAUGGAUGUAAUGCUCUUCUACGCUAUUAUUUAAAUAAUUUUUGUGACGGAACAAAGCAGGACGCAAUUGAUCUCCUGCAAGGACACUACAUAGUUUCUGUCAGCAGAGAUAUGACUACCUCUCCUCAGAAAGGAGGAAUCGAAGCUAUAGCGUCCUUUCCUCUGGCUUUUUCUCUGGUUAUGAUUGGAUUUGUCUUUGCAACCAUGUCAUUGAGGCAAGUUCAAUAUGAUUUCCGGCAUUUCUUUUUCUCUCUAAUGUGGGCAAGCAUUAGUAUCGCAAUAGCGGCAUUUGUGAGGGCAAAUGGUCGGGUUUUCUGCAACAGACCGCGCCUACACAAGCCACGGCGUUGAUUCAAUAUUCAGAUUGCUCUGAGCAUUGGAAUUUUUUUCCCGUGAAGCGUCCACCUUCUGCAAGAGACCACGCCUGCUCAGGUCUUUGUCCCUCAUGAGGAUGCUUUAACCAGUCCAAGCUUUACCUAUAGCUCCCAACUUGCUACUUACUAUAUUCAUUCUUUGGUACUAAUUUUGUAAC